GCACAAUGAGGGGCCGAAAAUCAAAUCAUGUCGCACGCGUGCAUUGCCGCCAAAUGAAGCUGGCCUGGGAUCGGAGAAAGGAACCACCUGAAUCAUGCUCAAGAUGCCUCAAGACGGGCAAGAUCUGCUCUGUUGACCCGUCCUUCAAGCGGGAAAAGAAGCGAGAGUGUGUUGAUGAGUUGCGAACCCACUUACACCCUGACAAAUAAUCUAACUGAUCCAAAAAGACAGCUCGAGGCAGUCAGAAAGGAGUUGCAACAGGCGAAGAAACGCCUAAGAGCAGAGAGUCAACAGGAUCAACUUAGCGAUGACAUUGUCGCUGAAACGGCCCUAGUAUUGCGGUCGGGCCGGAAUGGCCGUAUUCGAUCCUCCGUCCACUCACCUUCGAUGAGGGACUCUCAAAGGGUCGAGGUCUUACUGAACGACAAGACAAUUGGGGGUGUCCAUUUGCCAGCCAGUGCCAUUCAGGACCUAUUGAACGAGUA